AUGACAGAGAAUACAUCACUUGUGACUGGUGCGACCGGUUUUAUCGCUAGCCAUGUCGUUCAACAGCUACUUGAAAAGGGUGACCAGGUCCACGCUACCGUUCGCAGCACCAAAGAUAAAAAGAAAAUCAGGCACCUCCUCGAUAUGCAGGAACGAUGGCCAGGCAAGAUGACAUUGUUUGAAGCGGAUUUGCUUGUGGCAGGCUCGUUUGAAGCUCCAAUGAAGGGUUGUUCGGUGGUUUAUCAUAUUGCCUCGCCUUUUCUCAUCGAAAAUAAAAUUCGCGACGGCCAGAAAGACGUUGUUGAUCCAGCUCUCAAAGGAACACAGAACGUGCUUGAUGCAGUUCAGAAAUGCCCCACGGUCAGCCUUGUUGUCCUGACAUCAUCCGUGGUGGCCAUCUUUGGCGACAAUGCCGAUGUGCUAGAAAUGAAGAACCAGACACUCUCCAAGGAGUAUUUCAACACAACUAGCUCGGUUAAUCACAACUCCUAUCCCUACUCCAAGGUGGUCGCUGAGAAAGAAGUUUGGAAGCUAUAUGAAAUGCAGCCAACGCCUCCACGCUGGAAGCUAGUGACUAUUAACCCUGGGCUUGUCCUGGGGCCGUCAUUAUCUCCAACAUCCGAAUCUGGCAGCCUGUCUUUACUUGAUCAGCUCCUACAAGGUCAGCUGCUUUUUGGUGUACCAGAUAUGUGGUUCGCAAUUGUUGAUGUGCGAGAGGUCGCAACUGCUCAUAUUCGAGCGGCCCAAAAUCCAAAUUCUCAGGGUCGCUAUAUCCUGGCCGACAACAAAACACACGGUUUUGUGGAACUUGCUCGCAUCCUACGUUCUAUCACUCAAUCUUCCAGAAUUCCGAGGAAUAAACUCCCGAAUGCCUUGGUACGCAUGUGUGGACCAGUGCUCGGCUUAAGUCAAAAAUGGCUGAAGCUGAACCUGGGGAUCCCUUUCGAUAUCGACAAUCGUCCUAGCUUGGAACAGUUGAAUAUUGUUUACCGGCCUCUGGAGGAGACAUUGAUGGACCAUUACCGGUCUUGGAAAAGUGCCCAGAGCCUAUCGUAUUAG